AUGAGAUUUGCUAAGGACGCUUCAAAUGCUCGGUUGUCUCAGCUGGCGCUGAAUUGGCCAGCCCUGAGUUGCCCUGUCGCCGAAUGCAAUGCUCAUCCAAAUGCGACUCCAAGGAAGAGAAAACGGCCCGAGAAGAAGCCCAAGCAGAACGACAUAAAAACCUUGCUGCAGAAUUUAAGCGGAGGAGCUUUGAAGAUAGACACGACACCUAUGUCAUUUGAUACUAAACAUUCUUCUGGCAUCGCAAAUGUAUGCGUAACCGUUACGCCAGCCACGCAUCAACAGCAGCACCUGCACUGCGUGGACGCCUCUCCAUCCAUCUCAGCGUGUUCUCCGUUGUCCAGUGCGAGUUCGGCUGCCCAGGUUGUGCCGACGGCUUCGGAUGCAUCUUCAGGUACUGAAGAGCCAUUGUUGUGCGUGACGAAGUCCGAAUGUGAGGAGAGGAGCGACGGUGCUGUGAGUCCCGGAGCUGGUUCAAACGUCAGCAGCACUGAAGCGUCGAGCCCCGGACAUAAGCGGAACAAAAAGGCUCGAACAACGUUUUCCGGUCGUCAGAUCUUCGAGCUCGAGCGUCAUUUCGAGACCAAGAAGUAUUUGUCUUCUUCCGAAAGGGCGGAAAUCGCCAAGGUGCUCAAUGUUACCGAGACCCAGGUGAAGAUCUGGUUCCAAAACAGACGAACGAAGUGGAAGAAGCACGAGUGCCACAAUUCUUCCGUGCUGAGCCCGACCAGCUCCAAGGGCUGCAACGACGACGACGAUGUCGACACUUCCCGCGACUUCUCGCCAGCACCCACUUCAGGACUGAGCCCCGACCCGGAACCCAAGAUCCCGCGCCUGGCGACAGACAUCUCGACCCUGCUGGAUCCCAUUUCCAGCCUCGACCGGUGUGAUAUCAAGUCGGUGCCGGACCUGAAACCCGCCUAUUUGGGCGAUGCUGUCGUGCCGCAAGUUGACGGCAAGAAGAAGAAACCCCGGGCCCCGAGACCCAAGGCACCCAAGACCGAGAAAUUGACAAAAAAACAAGCCCUCGCCGGGCUCACUAACGUCGCUGCGAAACCUGUUGUCACCGGUGUUUCCUAAGAUCGCUGUUGCAUCGCUACAAUGAAGCUUUUUUUUGGAAAGGGCACUUUGAAAAUUUACAUUUAUUGAUGAAGAUCAUUCAUGUUUGUCUAUUUCGAUGCUCUCUGAAAAAAAAAUCCAGACGGAAAGCGACCAAUAACCGACUGCUGUGAAGCAAAGGCUCUCAAUAUCUUCUUCACGGGGACUCCGCGUGGAAUAAUAUAUUCAUGCCAAAAUUAUAGAAUCAACGUGUUAAUCUUGAAUGCCUUUGUUUCAUUCAAAUUCAAAAUGUUCUGGGUAAUAUUCAGUGUGUCUCAGCAUCCAAAUAGAUUCGAAAUUUGUGUAUCAUUCGCGCUGCGUGGGUAAAUGCUGAAUUCCAUUCACAAAAAUAAAUAAAAAGAAGCAGCUUUUACUUUGUCUACUGAAAAUCUUGUGAGCAACUUUUUCAGCUUUCAAAAUGAAAUAAAAAUGUUUGGAAUGUACGCGUUGUUGCUUCAAUUGCCAUUGAAAUUCUGGGUGUCAAUCGGU